AUGACGUUCUCUCCGGGUAUGAGUGAGAUUGUGGCAGAGUUUGUUGGAACGUUUCUCUUUGUGCUGACGAUUCCUUUGGCUUCGCUGGGUGUGGGAUCACUAGCACCACUGCCGAUUGGAUUCAUGCUUGCGGCAAUGACAUUUUCCUUUGGUUACAUUAGUGGGGCCCAUUUUAAUCCAGCCAUUACCUUUGCCACGUUUAUCAACGGCAAGAUUCCGUUCAGGAAGAUGUUUUUUUACAUGAUUUCACAGAUUCUGGCGGCUUUUUUGGCGUCUCUCUACGGCUCAGCGAUUGUUGGUCUCCGUAUUCCAGUUCCCUCGACGGAUGUGGCUCUCGUGAGUGUUUGGCAGGCUAUCUUGUGUGAGAUGGUGUACACUUUUGCCUUGGCCUCGGUUGUGUUGCAUGUAAACUACUCCAGGCAACGGAGCAAUGAGUUUUAUGGUUUUGCGAUUGGUAUGACAGUUCUUUCUGCUUCAUUUGCUGUGGGUGGUUUUACUGGUGGUGCUUUUAAUCCUGCUGUGGCUACAGGUACGCAAUUGGUUGGCUGCAUAGGAGGAAACUGCAAGCCACUCAUUUUCUUUUGGAUAUAUUGGGUUGCCCCACUUGGUGGCUCUUUCUUAGCGUCGAUUGCAUAUCAAAUUCUUGACACGCAUGACCGUGUUGCACCAAUUGAACUUUCAGGUCAGGUUUUCUGA